AUGAAGUUCGCACUCCUUUUCGCUUUGACCGUGGCCGUCGCUGCCUUGGCUCAAGACCAAAUUGUUCCAGCCAAAGUCGCAUGGGGCGAUGAGGUCCUAGACGACGGUUUCGAAAUCGUCGGGGGCCAGGAAGCCCAAUUCGGCAAGCACCUUUAUGUGACUGGGGUCAAGGCGGCGUCCGUUAAUGAGACCGUGUGCGGCGGCAGUCUGAUCGCCCCCAAUAUCGUUUUGACAGCGGCGCAUUGUUUGAGCUAUCCUCUAGUUUCUGUGGUGGUGGGUACGCACUAUUUAACCGGUUUUGCCGACGGGGAACAGGCCACUAUCAUCCAGAAAUUCAAGCACCCCAAGAGUAGCGUCGACUUGGGCAUCCUAAUCUUGGACCACGACAUCUCCAUCACCCAACCUGUGGCAGUGUCGUUCGACUUCGUUGAGGCGGACGUGCUCACCUGGGUACGCGGCUGGGGAUACGUCAAAGGAGUUGGCCCCCAAUCGCAAGUGCUCAAGGAGGUCAGCCUCAAGACCUGGAACAACACAAGGACCUCAGCUGCGUUGUUACCCGUCCCAGUGACCGAUACGAUGUUGGGUGCUGGAGGGGUGGAAGGAGAAGACACGUGUACCGGCGACUCGGGGGGACCGUUGACCACCGAAGAAAACGGUGACGUGCGCUUGGUGGGGGUGGCCAGCUGGGGCAUUAAAUGUGGUGAGCUCGACAUACCAGGUAUCUAUGCACGCGUCAGCGCUGCUCGUGACUUCAUUAAACCGUACUUGCCGAAGUAA